AUGGUGAGUUUGGAUUCAGAGUUAGAUAUCGUUAUAUCAGAUGAGCGCGAGAUAGAAGAGUUGGGUCGGAGUUUGGUUUCGGGCAAGUGUGGGGUAGGUAUGGGUUGGGAGUGUCUUAGUUUAGUUAAAUUAGGGUUUGGAGGGGGGUUUAAUGGGAAUAUUGUGACUAGUAAUGGGAAGGGACUAGUACCUAGCUUUAAGGAAGUCUUUAAAGAAGUCUUUGCCGAACCAGCCAAUGAGUUGAGUAAGGGUUUAGAUGAUGUUUUAGGUAGUAAUAGUAAUGUUUUAAAUAGUAAUGGUAAUAGUAAUGAUAUAGUUGGUAAUGUUUUAGAUACUGUUAAGGAUAGUAAUGAUAAUAGUAUAGUUGGUAAUAGUAAUAGUAAUGAUAUAGUUGGUAAUGGUAAUGGUAAUAGUAAUGAUAAUGGUAAUGGUAUAGUUAAUAGUAAUGAUAUAUUUAGUAAUAGUAGUAGUAGUAAUGGUAUAUUUAGUAACGAUAAUAAUGAUGAUGUUCUAGUUAGUGGUGGGGAGGAAGUGAAGAAGCGGCAACAGUCACUUUCGGAGAUGAUUGAUUGUGGGAUGAUUCGGACUUUGGUUUCACCUUUGAAGUCGGUGGGUCGACGGAGUCGUGGGGGAAGACGUGGAGGGAUGGGAGUUUGUGCUGGUGGGCCGGUGCGGUGGUCGCGUGGGGAUGGGAAGAAUAAGAACUUGGUCUUUGAUCGAGUUCAGAGUUAUGACGUGGCUCAAGUACAAGUAAGUAAUGAACCAAUGGCUUGGGCGGGAGAGACUUACUCUUGUGCUUUGCCUUCAGUAGGAGUGGGGCCGGCUGAUGGGAUUUUGCGAGUAUCUCCGGAAGUAGUAGCUGAGUUAUUAAGAAGUGAACAGUCUUUCUUUUUGGUAGAUUGUAGGUUUGAAUAUGAGUUUAGUGGUGGACAUAUUAGAGGGGCACAGAACAUUAUGACCAUGCGGGGUAUUAAGACUUGGUUUCAAAACUUAGUGGCAGCUGAGGAAGGAUCAGGAGCGAUUUUUGUCUUCUAUUGUGAGUACUCAUCCGUACGGGCACCUCGUUUAGCUACUCAGUUAAGGAAUGAGGAUAGAUUAAGAUCUACUUAUCCUUAUUUACUCUUCCCAAAUGUCUACAUUAUGUCUGGGGGUUACAAGGAGUUCUACAAGAACUAUUCUGAGUUUUGUGUGCCCUGCAGUUACACUCCCAUGUAA